CUUCAGAAACAAACACUGAAACCUGUUUCCUUUCGAUCGGCUGAAUAACAACAAAAAUGCUUCAACGGUGUGUUAUUUUGCUCUUAGUUUUCUUCGCGGCUCUUUCUCUUGCAGCUCCAGUCCCAGAGGGAACUACAGCCGAUGGGGAAACUACAGGUGACGAGAGAAUUGCAUCACUGCUGGAUCACCUGAACGAUGUGGCUGUUGGGAACAAAACCUCUGAAGAACAAAGUCAUGAAGGUGCUGACAGCGCCUCUGAACAAGGUACUGAAGAGAAUGUAGCUGAAAGUACCGACGUCAGCUCUGUUUCUAGUGAAUCUGCCUCUCAAGAUAUCGCUGGCACUGACUCGGAUUCCAGUGAAUCUGCUUCUGAAGAUACCGCUGGCACUGACACUGACUCGGAUUCCAGUGAAUCUGCUUCUGAAGAUACCGCUGGCACUGACACUGACUCGGAUUCCAGUGAAUCUGCUUCUGAAGAUACCGCUGGCACUGACACUGACUCGGAUUCCAGUGAAUCUGCUUCUGAAGAUACCGCUGGCACUGACACUGACUCGGAUUCCAGUGAAUCUGCUUCUGAAGAUACCGCUGGCACUGACACUGACUCUGACUCCAGUGAAUCUGCUUCUGAAGACAAAGCUGGCACUGACAAUACCCCUGAAGCUAGCUCUGAAUCUACUGAUGCUGACGAUGAAUCUACUGACACUGAAUCUACUGACGCUGCCCCUGAAUCUACUGAUGCUAGCUUUGACUCUACUGACGCUGACACUGACGCUGACACUGAAUCUUCUGACUUUGGCGCUGAAUCUACUUAUGCUGACGCUGAAUCUACUGACACUGGUGCUGAAUCUACUGAUGCUGACGAUGAAUCUACUGAUACUGAAUCUACUGACGCUGCCGCUGAAUCUACUGAUGCUAGCUUUGACUCUACUGACGCUGACACUGAAUCUUCUGACGUUGGCGCUGAAUCUACUGAUGCUGAUGCUGAAUCUACUGAUGCUGACGAUGAAUCUACUGAUGCUGCCACUGACGCUAGCUCUGAGGCUGACGCUAAAGCUGAUGCUAACAUACCUACAGAGAAAGACGACAGCACGGACAAUGAAAGCCCAGAAGAGGGGGGGGGGACAGUGGGUGAGUUGUCAACUAAGGGGGAGGGACAGAGGGAAGAGAGUGGAAAGAUGGGGGAUGAGACGUCACAGGAAUCAGAUGAGGAGGGAGGUGACACAGAAGAUAAAAUGCUAGAGGGAAAAGAAUCGGCAGAGGAGGAGCUGGACGAGGUCACAGAGGAGAAGGAAAGCAGAGAAAAUGACGACAGCAAUGAAAGCAGAGAGGAGGGGGGGGAGAUAGGGGGGGAGUCACUGGCAGAGGGGGAGGAGGUGCAGGAAGGAGGUAACAUUGGAGAUGAGGAGUCAAAGGAAUCAGAAGACGAGAGGGACAUGAUGGAGGGAGACGACAUAAAAGAUGAUACAUCAGAGGACAAAGAUUCAGCAGAGCUGGACGAGAUUUUAGAAGAGAAAGAAAGCGAAGAAAAUUACGACAGCGCGGUCAAUAAAACAGAUGGAAACCAGACAAAUGCUGAGAGUAGUGAAGAGGAGCCUCAAAGAGUCCUUGACAUGCCGGACCCUAACACCACGGAGAAGGAUGAGAGGAUCCUGGACAACUCUGUAAACACGGAUACUGAGGUAUCUGAAGAACAGAGUCCAGAAACGGAAGCUCCAUCUGCUGACCAACAAUCGGACCAAACUGUGAACUCCACUACCGCCGCCGCCGCCGAGCCAAGCCCACAGUGGAAUACAGUUGCUAUGACAACCAUAAGCAACCAACAACCAUAAGCUGAACUGCAACUAAACUUCAACCUUCAACUUCCUGUUUGUGUUUACUCCUCCGCUCGCUCCUGAUUGAUUGGCUCCAUCCUUCUAAAUCUCCACCUGUCUGUCUGCCUGUCUGUGUGUGUGUGUGUCUGUCUGUCUACCUGUCUGUCUGUCUUUCUGUCUGUCUUUCUGUGUGUCUGCCUACCUGUCUGUCUAUCUGUCUGCCUGUCUGUCUGCCUGUCUGUCUGCAGAAACAUUUAACCAGCUGCUGUUCUGAGAUCUAUAUUCACACAUUAACGUGUACAUACUGCUAAUAAAGUUUAAAUUGUCAAACCUUCUGUCACUGC